GAAAAAGCAAUGGCCAAAUGGGCCAAGGUUUCGGUCAAGGCUUUAAUGAAUGUGGCUGCCAGUGAUGCGGCUAAUUUGGUGGGCGGGGUUUGACCUGGGUUGAUGAUGGGUCUAAGAUGGGGUCCAGUUGGCACCCAGGAAAAUGAAUUGGAUAGGUAUCGGUCGGUUCUCUUGGAUACUACUUUAGACAAGGGUAAUAAUCGGGUUAUUGGAUUUGAUGAAAACUUGGACCCGUUGGGGAGAGCAAUACAUUCUGGGAUAAGCUGUAACGCAGCAUCGUCAUCCAAUGAGCGUAUUCGUGCAACAAAACCAAUGGAGUCGGGAGCUCAAGUAUGGAGGAAGGUGGUGCCUCUGUGUGUUGCUGUGGAUGUAAUGAUCUCAGGCAUUGAACCAUAUUCUGAUGAUGGAGGCUCGAACCCAUUGUCAUGGGAGGUGAGCAGGCACAUUCAAUGGAGGACUUUGGAUGAUGCGGCUGAAGUGGGGGAUUGUUUCCAAGGAGGUACUUUGUACAAUUGUUUAUGCUCGAUCGUAAAAUUCUGUGGGAUUAUCUGAUUGCUGCCGUGGAUCAUCAUGGGGGAUUUUAACUCAAUUAUUGCGAUUAAUGAAAGAAGGGGUGUUGUUCUAGUUAGGCUGUCUUGUUUUUUAUAACAAAUGACUGUGAAAAAUGUCAAGCUUAUCACUUAAUAUAAUUUUUUUUUUUAAUUUUUAAACAA